AUGGCCACAGGAGAUCCAUUCUUUGCGGUCAAAGAGGAAGUAGAACAAAACGUCACAAAUGCAGAAGCACUUUUCCAAAGCUGGACACGCAUAUAUAUAGAAUUUGACCCGGCAAGAUUUAAUUUAUCAAGUAAAGAUGUAGAAUCUCGUAAGAGUUUCGUAGAGGUUACGCGACAUCGAAUACAAGAUAUAAGAUUAACUUUAUCAGAACCACCAGCUCAGUCACGUAAGAAUGCGAAAAAUCAACGACAGGAAUUGUUUGAAGGCGGCCGACAAAUAUUCUCAAUAGAUGACUACUCUUCGCGAUCACGAAGCGAAGAAGUAGAAUUGGAUAAUACGCGUUUCAUAGAAAACGAGGCAUUUCAACAGACAAUACUCGUUCAAGAACAAGACGAACAACUAGACUCACUAUAUGGCACCGCGCGAAAUAUCCACGCUAUUGCGACGACUAUGGGCGCUGAAAUAGAAGAUCAAAAUAUACUAUUAGAUGACUUUGGCCACCGACUUGACAGCGCACAGAGUCGAAUUGAUAGAUCGAUGCGAAAAUUGAUUUAUAUUAUAAAAAAGAACGAAG